UGUAUUUAACGCUAUGGGAUCAAUGUAUGCUGCUGUUUUCUUUAUUGGUUUUCAAAAUACAGCAUCAGUUCUGCCCGUUGUAGCCGUUGAGCGUACAGUAUUUUACAGAGAAAGAGCUGCUGGAAUGUAUUCUUCCUUCCCAUAUGCCUUUGGACAAGGGAGCAGAGAAUUUAACGUCUUAUAAGCCAAUUUCUAGUAAAAUAGUCUAAAAUACACAUAAUAUUUUUUAAUUAUCUUGCAGGUUUGCAUUGAAAUGCCGUAUGUCUUUGUGCAAACUGUUUUCUAUGGCGUCAUUGUCUAUGCUAUGAUUGGAUUUGAAUGGACAGUAACCAAGUACUUUUGGUACUUGUUCAUCACGUAUUUCACUCUCUUAUACUUCACCUUUUAUGGUUUGAUGAGCGUUGCAGUUACUCCAAAUCAACAUAUUGCGCAAAUUGUCGCUGUCUUCUUCUUUGCCAUGUGGAAUCUUUUCUCAGGAUUCAUUGUUCCGCGACCUCAUAUGGCCAUAUGGUGGAGAUGGUACUAUUGGGCUUGUCCUGUUGCCUGGACUUUGUAUGGUUUGGUUGCAUCACAAUUUGGAGACCUCCAAAACAAAAUAACUGAUGAUGAAACAGUGGAACAAUUCUUGAGACGUUACUUCGGGUACAAGCAUGAUUUUCUUGGAGUAGUUGCAGUUGUGACUGUUGCAUAUGCUGUUGUUUUUGGCUUCACAUUUGCUUUGGCUAUUAAAGUAUUCAACUUCCAGAAAAAAUAGAAGAUUUUAUACCUGCUGAAGAUCUAUACGAGGAAAUUGAAGAAGAGAUCGAUUAUAAAACUCGUGUAUACAGGUUACCACUUGAAGAAGUAUACAUAUAUGUUCUGUUAGGCUCCC